UACCACCAAGGUCAAGGGAAGAUUGAGUUGUCGGCUUCUGUCACGGUCAUGGCGCGAUCAUGUCGGCUGGACAAUAUGGCGCCAGACUCCUUGAGGAUGUGCAGGAGGAAAGUCUAGAGCAGAUUCUAGCAGAGAUAAGGCGUACCAUAAGUCCUUGGUCGAAGGGUGUGCUGGGCUUUCCACAACUUGAUGCCCUGUUGGAGGCAUUUCGCUAUCCUGCUCAACCAGCAGCCGAGGAACGUCCCGAGUUGCAACAGUCUACAGCACCAAGUCCAGCUUCAGACGAUCAGCUCCAAGCAGACCAUAAUGGCGAUGAUGGCUCCCCGCUUCGCCGAUAUGAGCUUCGUCAGCACAAGUACAGUGCCAAACCCGCCGCAAUCGAAAUAACCUCCCGCAAAUCCUCCUCCGGCAAGACAACGCUCUGCUACCAUCUUGCUGCCCUCUCAAGUCUGCCAAAAAGCCAUGGAGGCAAAGAGUCGAUGGUAAUCUACAUCGACACCGACGGACGCUUCUCAGCGACGCGACUCUUCCAGAUCCUUACGCACUACCUCUCUACCCACACCAACAGCCUUUCAUCUGGCACUACGCUCACCCAAGCCGCCAUCCAAGCCACCGCCCGCGAAGCCAUGAACCACAUCCUGAUCCUUCGCCCCCAGUCCUCAUCUCAACUCCUUUCACAUCUCGACUCAUUGCCGACAUUCCUCCUCGACCGAACACGGCACUCCUCUAGUCAUCGGCCGUUAGGUCUAAUCGUUGUCGACUCGGCGACUUCAUUCUACUGGCAGGAUCGAUUUGACAGGGACAUGGCCCGUUUACAAUCCAAGAGCCCCGGUCUCGUCGAAAGCACGUCGCCCUCGCGGACGGCUCAGAUCAUUGAGCGGCUCAAGGCGCUACAAGCGAGGUUCGAAUGCGCGGUUGUGUUUAGCACGACCACACCUGCAACCUUUACAACCAGCCACGCACCGGCAGAGUUGCAAGGGCAAGCGCAGACGCAAAUCACACCCUCAGCACCACAACAAGGACCGGGGAUAUCGCCGUGGAUGGCGUAUGCCACACUCACCAUGACCCUCUCGAGGACCCGGGUCCCACAGUUCGCGCCGCAGAUGUCGAUAGAAGAGUGCCUUCGCGAUGCGGAGAAGAGGUUCGACGCAGUCAAGAAUGCUAGAUUUGUUGCUAGCGUGGAGUUGAAGCCUGGUCAGACUAGAGAGAAGGCGACGGCGGAAGGCGCAGGUCGCGGUGACAGACAGCAAGCUGGCGGGUUUGCUUUUAAGAUUGGUGAGGGAGGCCUUGAUGUUGACUCGGACUGACUGCGCAUUGGGUCUCUUGGACUGUCCAUGCUGAAAAGGUUGGGUUUGCCGGUGCUAAGAUCACAAAGGGCACGAGAGCUUCUCGCCAACACAGCCCUGAACACCUGUAGAUCGAUGACCCGUCGAAAUAUCUAUCCACUACUCCGCAAAUGUGACAGACAGUACCUGAUGGUCCAUGCUCGUAUCGGGGCAAAUGUUAAGACCCGUUGAAUACCGGUCCAAGUAUCGAUUCAUGUUCAAUAGUCUAAUCUAUAUACAUUUCUCAUUCUCA